CCCCCCCCCCCCCACCCCGCCUGCAAUGUUGGACUCUUGACUCCAGAAAUGAUCGCGAAAUCUUCAAUGUUUGCAAAGAAACAGCUUCGCCUUUCUUAACCAUCUCUGCCGGCCGUGCUCCAAACACCAUGAAGCCUACUUUCCUCUUAAAGGCACAAGAAGAACUUCAAUGCAGGAAGGCUGGAAAAUCAGUACUGGACACAUUCAUCAGGACUCUGAUAAUUCUCUGCACAGCAAUAGCAGUUGUUCUGUCAUCCAUUUCUGUGUGCUCUGGGCACUGGCUGUUUGCAGACAGGAAGCUAUUUGGACUCUGGUAUUUCUGCACUUUAGAGCAUGACCGCAAGCUUCAAUGUACAACAGAUUUCAGUGUUGCUGAGGUCGACGGGUUGGACACUGUUCUUGUUUUCACUAGGAUCAUCGCCACUUUUGCUGCGGUGCUGGCAAUGUUUGGUCUGGAGAUGCUAAUCACCUCUCAGAUUUGUCAAGAUGCCUAUUCCAGGCGCAAAUGGGCAUAUGGCUCAGCAUUGCUUCUCCUGGCUUUCUUCAUGACAUGUGUUGGUGUGCUCGUGUUUGCCAUUCAGUUGUGGAACUUUAUUACUCUCACAGGCAUCAGUUUGGCGUACUGGUGCGAGUUUGUUACAGCUUUUCUUUUUUUCCUCAAUGGUAUUAGUGGUCUUCACAUGUACAGCAUGACAAUCUCAGAUAAUUCAGUAGACAUAUGAGUAAUUCUGUUUGAUUGAUGUUUUUCCUUAUACUAACUUUUCACUUAUGUAAAAUAAUUUGGCCUUAAAGUCUUUAUAUGUGAAGUGUGGGCAUUCCAAAUCUCUCAAAUCUUUGAUGGGUAUUGCAAUUAUUGACUAUUUUUAGAAUCUCAGUGAAAAAGCUCUUACUAUUUUGUAUUCUAAUGUGCAGUUUUGUGUUCCUAUUUUUCAGUAGGUUAAAAAAAAAUCAACAAUUCUGAUACAGAAAUCAGACAACUAGUCAUAGUACCUGAGUUUGUGGUGGUGGGGGUGGUGGGGGGGGGUAGUGGAUAACCCACCUUGGAUUUAUAAUCUCACUGACAUAAAUUUCUAGAAACAUUGCAGUGUGGCUAAGAAGGAAUCAUUUGGCUGAAUAUACUCAAACCUAGAUGAUCUACAAUAAUGGUGGGCAAGGGGGAAGGUGAGAACAUUAUUGUUUUAAUACUCACAAAAUUAAAAACUGAAAAUUCUCACCAUUUCUUUUAAAAGAAAAUAAAAGUUAGACCUUUUAAGGGAUCUUGGCUUCUGAGUAAGAGCUCCACUGUUCUAUUUUGAAGAUUGCUAUCCUUUAUGAAUUAAAUGGCACCUGAUUUACCACACUGUGUAUUUUACGUUUUUGGAUUUGCAUUUGAAUCUAACACAGACUUCUGGAUGAAAGUCUCCUGUGCUUUUACUGCAAACACUCUGCGUAAAAUGAAUAUGGAAAGUCUUAAACCAAUUCUGAUGGGAAUAGGCUCCGAUCAUAAAACUGUCUACUCGUUGGCAUUAAAUUGGCUGAUUCACUGAAGUUUUGCGUAUUGACUGACUGGUGAGAGAAUUUGGAGAAUGAAUACUGAAGCAAUGCAGGUGCUCUUUUGAGAUUGUGUUGAAGCACAUUGUUGGAAUAAAACAGAAGGAACUUUGCUCUGCAUCUCACUAAACAAUACCUGACAUGUGACGCUUGAUACUGAUACUGAACAGUAUAAUUUUAUCAGAGUGUGUUGUCAGUGGGGGACUUCUCCUGGAGGGAGGGCAUAGUGGAAAUUUAGGUGUGCAUUGCCCCAUGGUUGGAAAAUUGAGGGCAGCCAGUGCCUGAAUUUUUCAUGAGUUCUGCCUCAUGAAGAGCAGUGGAAGCAUGUAAAAUUGUUCCUAUGGUGCCCACUAUGAGGGGAAAACUGUUGGUUGCAAUAAUUCCAGAAAGAAAUAAUGCCACAUAAAUUCCGGAAUAAAAUUAAAACAUUGAGUUUAAUAAAUUGGAAUUGAUCAGUGUAGUUUAUAACCCAUAGAUUGCAAAUUUAGCAGGAACUCUGAUAACUGUAAAUGAACUAUUACUGUUAUACAGUUAAAGAAUCUUAUUUUAUUUCUCCCCAUGAUCUCCUGGAAAUUCUUGGUUUGAUGACACAUAUUGAAGAGAUCACUGCAUGAAGUAUGGAAAAAACAUUAAGCUUUCAUAAAUAUCACAGUUGGCAAAAGGUAGUCUUAAAAAUUGUAAGUUAUACUUACUAGUUUAUGCAAUAACCAAGGUCUAAACAAAUUCAUAUGGGAAGGCCAUCACAACAAGUUUCAGGUUUACACCAAAAAAAGAAGUGUUUACAAAAGAAAGUGAUCACAUUCAAGACUUAUUCUAUAAUACUGCACUUAAAUGCUUCUGACACAAACGUAAUCUCUUUCAGGCAUUUAUGAUAUUAGUGUGCUUUUUAAGCAGGGUAGUGUAGGGUAAGCAUAAUAUCCUCACGAAGUAUAAUUAUUUGAAAUGAUAUGCAUUUAUAAAGUCUUCAUAGAUAACUUGCUUGUUUUAUAAUGCUGUUACUUUUGCAAAGCAAUGAAAGGGCCAUUCAAGAAAAAGUGUAUUUUAUCCAGACAACAGGUUUAGUAGGAUGUCAGUAUUAUCUAUUUUAAAAUGCCUAAUUCGUAAACCAUCCAAUUUUAACAGAUCUGACACAUAACAUGCACUAAAGAAGACCUUAAACCUUUUUAGUAAUGCUCUGCACCAAGAUCUUUAUUAUCAAUAAUUUGUUGCAACAUUAAGUUUUCUGCAGUUUCACAAUGGAAUUGCAGCUGAACCUAGCCUGAUCAAAUUGACUGCACUCCAUAAUAGCUUGGAUUUAUGAUCACCUAUACUAAAUUAGAGAUGUACUGAAUUAUUUCUAUUGCACUUGCUUCAUUUUGUGAAUGGUCUUUAAGCUGUUACCCUGAUUUAGAUUGGUGGGAAGUGAAUUGCUAUUGUUUUGAAACCAGCCUAUAUUGUUUUCGUUUUUUCUUCUCUGAAUUGUAAGUUUAAUGUAAUAAAAUGCAAUUUAAUUUAGACAUGCUCUCCACUUUCCAGAUACUGCCUGAUUAAAUUUGCACAAAUAACUGAUGUUAGUAACUAUGUUUCCAAUUUUGUUCUUAAAGUGCUACUCAAUGCCACAUAUUCAAACUUCAAUAUACACUAUAUUACUGAAAAGAGGUUGCCAAAUUCUCCAUGUUGUUUGCUGUUUUUGCAAUUGCAAAUUAAAAUGUCUUUCAUAUGA